AUGGCAGACUACGCAAACAUCCCGCCCAAUGCAACUCUCAAUGUCCAUCCGUUCAAAGCACACGUCGACGAGGCCAAGUUGCAACACUUCAGGCAAUUGCUGGAGUUAUCUCCAAUUGGCCCCGCGGUAUUUGAGAACACCAAUGCCGGAAACAAGUUUGGAAUCAAGAGAGAUUGGCUUGUAAAUGCCAAAAAUGUCUGGUUAAAUGACUUUGACUGGCGAAAACACGAAGAUCGCAUCAAUUCCUACCCCAACUUCCAGACAACGGUCCAAGACUCUGAGGGUAACUCGAUCGAUGUUCACUUCCUGGCUCUGUUUUCUGAAAAGAAAGAUGCCGUUCCAAUAGCUUUCUUCCACGGCUGGCCGGGUUCAGUCUGCGAUUUCAUUGACAUGCUGGACCUCAUUAAGCAAAAGUACUCACCCGCGGAUUUGCCUUAUCAUGUCAUUGUGCCCUCGCUUCCCGGCUACGCCUACUCUUCCAGCCUUCCUCUGGACGUUGAUUACGGUAUUGACCUGGCAGCAGGGGCGAUGCAUAAUCUGAUGCUUGGGUUGGGCUUCGGCUCUGGCUACCUGGUUCAAGGUGGUGACGUCGGCAGCUUCGUGAGUCGAAUGCUCGCGUUGCAGCAGGACGCGUGCAAGGGAAUGCACGUCACACAGAUGGGCACGCCGCCACUAGACAAGAAUCCUCCCAUGUCCGAUGACGAAAAGCUAGCGGUGCACAAGGCCACCGAGUUCAUGGAUACAGCGAAUGGAUUUGCGCUGGAGCAGGGCCAGCGGCCAGCAACUAUUGGUCUUGCGUUGAGUGCCAGUCCGUUGGCGCUGCUUAGUUGGAUUGGAGAGAAGCUUCUUGCGUGGACCGACGACGAUGUCCCACUCGACAAGAUCCUCGAAAGUGUUACAUUGUAUUGGAUGACGGAUACAUUUCCUCGAGCCAUGUAUCACAACCGCGGACUGGGCAAUGCGCACGACAAGCCCAAGAUUGCGAGAACGAGUGUCUUCUCAAAAUUAACGGCGAUUCAACUCCCAUACGUCGAUAAACCAUGUGGCUACUCUUUGUUUGCCAAUGAGAUUGUCCCCGUACCAAAAAGCUGGGCGGAAAAGAGCUGCAAUCUUGUGACAUUCAAUAAACACGACGCAGGCGGCCAUUUUGCGGCCAUGGAAAAGCCACAUGAGCUACUUGCUGAUGUGGAGGAGUAUAUCAAGGUGGCUUGGAGGGUUGGCGACUCGGCGUCUGGAGAGUGA